AUGGGUUGUGAUAAUGUAGGAGAUGAUGAACUAAGUGAUGUUACUGAUGAAGAAGGUGAUGACGAUGGUGAUGAUACGACUGACAACAGCGGAACUUUUGACGUCACAAGAGAUACCGACGACAAAGUUGUAGCUGCUGAUAGCGACUUAUUGGAGGAGAAAACUUUACUGAACGAUGACACCUUUGUUGAAGACGAGUCAACAUGGAGCUCGAGACGGUGGUGGCCAGUCGUCGUCGCCGGAGGUGGCAGUGUAGCUGUAGAAGUAACAAGGUACUUUGCUGCCUCGGAUGAAGCCAACGGAGACGUACAAGAGGAGGAGGAGUAUUGUGCACGUCCCCUGCCCAAGACUUCCACGCGUGUGUUUCCAACUGACACAAAACUGAUAGAGAGACCUGCCUGGGCUGUGUCUUUACUGGCCUCGAGUAUGUCUUUCUUGACCGUAGUGGAUAAAGACGGCUGUGUCCUAGAUGAUGAUGGUGGAGACGGCUGUGUUCUAGAUGAUGAUGGUGGAGACGGCUGUGUUCUAAAUGAUGAUGAUGGAGACGGUUGUGUUCUAGAUGAUGAAGGUGGAGACGGUUGUGUUCUAGAUGAUGAUGGUGGAGACGGUUGUGUUCUAAAUGAUGAUGAUGGAGACGGCUGUGUUCUAGAUGAUGAAGGUGGAGACGGUUGUGUUCUAGAUGAUGAUGGUGGAGACGGUUGUGUUCUAAAUGAUGAUGAUGGAGACGGUUGUGUUCUAGAUGAUGAAGGUGGAGACGGUUGUGUUCUAGAUGAUGAUGGUGGAGACGGUUGUGUUCUAAAUGAUGAUGAUGGAGACGGCUGUGUUCUAGAUGAUGAAGGUGGAGACGGUUGUGUUCUAGAUGAUGAUGGUGGAGACGGCUGUGUUCUAGAUGAUGAUGGUGGAGACGGCUGUGUUCUAGAUGACGAAGGUGGAGACGGCUGUGUUCUAGAUGAUGAUGGUGGAGACGGUUGUGUUCUAGAUGAUGAUGGUGGAGACGGCUGUGUUCUAGAUGAUGAUGGUGGAGACGGCUGUGUUCUAGAUGAUGAUGGUGGAGACGGCUGUGUUCUAAAUGACGUGGGUCUUUGGUGCCUAAACACUAAAGACUUCAUCCGCGAUGGAUUUGGUCUUGAAGACGAAGACUGCGAUCCAAAGACUGGAAUAUAG